AUCCACUUUCUUUACUUUAACUCUUAUUCAUUUUCCUAUAUAAUCACCACUCUCUAUCGUUCAGUCCUUCACCAUGGGAAGCAUGAAGGUGCAUCAGUUGGCACGUGGAUUCUGGGAGCACGAACCAUCCCUUACGCUUGGCUGCAAGCGUUUACGCCCUCUUGCUCCCAAGCUGGCAAACACAGACACUACUGUCACUGCUUUCGAUCUCAAGACCUUCAUUCGACCAGAAAGUGGUCCUAGAAAACUUGGAUCUUCUGACGACAAGAGAAAUUCUCCUCAGGUGGAAACGCACCCUGGAGGAACACGGUGGAAUCCAACACAAGAACAAAUAGGAAUUCUGGAGAUGCUGUAUAGGGGAGGAAUGCGAACUCCGAAUGCACAACAAAUAGAACAAAUCACAUCACAGCUAGGGAAGUACGGGAAGAUAGAAGGAAAGAAUGUGUUCUACUGGUUUCAAAACCACAAAGCCCGUGAGAGACAAAAACAGAAGCGAAAUAGUCUUGGUAUUAGUCAUUGUCCGAGAACCCCAGCCGCCAGUUUUACCACUAUAUCUUUGGACUCUAGGCAGGGAAAUCAAGUAGUACCAGAAAGAGAUGGAGACAGUCCGUACAAGAGGAAGUGCAGGAGCUGGUCAUUUGAAUGUUUGGAAGAGGAAGGGGAUAGAACUCUAGAGCUUUUCCCAUUGCACCCGGAAGGCAGAUGAAGGGGUUUGAAUAAAAUUUCAUUGAACUUUGUUCCAUUUUGUGAUCUACUUUGAUGUGCUUUUUCUUUCUUUCUUUGUUUCGGGAAAGAAGAAAGAUAAGUUGUCUCUCUGUACUCUACUGAUGUAUUAUUUCUGACUUAAUUAGAACCAAAGCGGUUUGUCACUCUUUAUUCCAUCUCAUCAGUCUGUGGUGGUGGGUGUGAAACGUGAUCCUUUUGACUACAGGAAAACUUGAUGAAAUUGAGCUUUUAGGUUAAAAGCAGAGACCUAUGGACACUGAAGUCCACGCACCUACUUCUUCUCCUUAAGCCUACCCUUUGAUAUUUUAAGUUUCAAAUGGGAAAAGAGAUGUGUCCUCUUCUCUCAAAGUAUAAUAAAUUGCACUAUUUCGAAGACUUUCAUAAAGUAGCAUAUCAACUUCAACUAUCAGGAGACAUGCAAUUGCUUUUUCUUCUCUUUGGGAUUGACAUGCAAUUUCUUUUUUAGAAUAAAAGGAUCACCUAGUGUUAUGUG